UCACGCCUCUCGAGUUUCACUCCGACGCGUGCUCUGCGCCUCCUGCUUUGUGUUGUCAGGCAGAAAGACGCAGCAGUCAGGGUGGCGUGUGUCCUGAUACACGGGCACCAAGUCUGCGCCCACGACCAAACAACAGCCCCAGCACUUUUUAGCCUCUGCAGAAGUAACCAGCUAGCAUCCAUCUCUCUGCUACGAUGUCGGUGAGUGUGGAGUCUGGAUUCUCGAGCGAGGAGGUCCUGAACAGCCGCUUCCCGCUCCACCGGGCUUGCAGGGAUGGAGACGUCGGUGCCUUGUGCUCCCUCCUUCAGUGCACAUCCAACCCGGCUGACUUGGCGGUGGAGGACACCUUCUACGGCUGGACGCCCAUACAUUGGGCCGCUCAUUUCGGAAAGCUGGAGUGUGUGAUGCGUCUGGUCCAAGUGGGCAGUGGUGUGAAUGCGGUCACCUCCAGGUUUGCACAGACGCCCACUCACAUUGCCGCAUUUGGAGGCCACCCUGAGUGUUUGUUAUGGCUACUUCAAGCCGGUGCAGAUAUCAACAGACAGGACUAUGUGGGCGAGACGCCCAUCCACAAGGCUGCUCGUGCGGGCAGUCUGGAGUGUAUCAACGCUCUCUUGAUUCAGGGAGCGAAAGCUGAUAUGAGGAAUGCCAGUGGGCUGACUGCUGCUGACCUGGCCCACGCGCAGGGAUUCCAGGAGUGUGCUGAAAUUCUCUCCAAUGCCCAGAACUUCCAACAAAACAUGGCUCACUCCCAUAAUGGGGCUUUUCUGAAUGGCAUGGCCCGGAAUGGGGGCCACACUCACCCCACCAUCCAAGGACGCAGCUUCUUGAAUGGCGUGCCCAACAGAAAGAGGUCUUUUGAUGGCAUGGAAGCAAACCCAGGGAAAAAGGCUCGACCUAAUGGUCUCUGCACGGCACCUAUAUUGCUGAAUGGGAAUGGGCCACUGGGUGGUGCUGAAGAUGCCCAGAUGGAGAGCAUGAACAUGGAGUUGGCAGCAACUGUAACCUCAGGUGGGCCAGGAACCUUUGCAUUUGGGCAGAAUGGGUUUGCACCACCUCAAGGGCCGGGGCCCAUGGAUCAGUGUGAGGACCAGGGGGGACAGGACAGGUCGAGCUCUGCGUCUAAAGAGCUGGAGGUCAUCACUGUGGCGUCAAUGCAGACCCCUUGUCGCUGCACCAACUCUUACGCCUACCUGUAGAGGGUUUGAGUGUGAAAUAACACACUCUGAUGUUCCCGUUUGUAUUGUUUGGCUAUAAUUUCUUUGCUUUAAUAACAUAAAACAGUAUAUUUGUUGCAUUUGAUUUGGUGGUGAGCAGCAUAUGAAAGAUGUGUAGUAGUAUGUGAGUGUGGUGUAUUUUCUACUUUUCCAUGUACAUAAUUAUACUCGGAUGGAUAAAAGUAUUAAGAUUUCUUUUGCUAUACAGUUAUAUGUGCAUAUAUAUUCAGUGCAUCCGUCCAGUUCUACAAAUAAUUGUCAUGUACUCCUUGUUUUUUAGGUUUAUAUUUAAAGGGUGGUUUUGUUUUGCACAAUUAUACAGCAAUGUUUGCACCAGCAGUGCACAUGUAGUUAAUAUUGGCUUCAUAGAAAACAAUUACCACUGUUUAAAAGCAGUCUUAAUUAUUCAUUGUUUCAUAAUAACUAAAAAUAUUGGCCUUAGACUGGGAAUGCCAGCGAAUUUCAGUAGCAUUUCCUAGAUUUACAGAAUUGACUUGUGUAUAUAUAUAUAUUGACUUAUAUACUCCUGCAGCACGUUAGAAAAAAAGGAUUUUUUUUCAGUUUUCUCCCCCAGUUUGUUACAUUUUUUAUAAAGUUUAAUAGGUCAAGUACUUUUGAUUUAAUAAAGAAAAGUUUAAUUGGUGACAUUUAUGUAAAACUGACGAGUGCAUAUACACCGUGAUAAAGCCGUGAUACACCGGUGUAUAUACACCGAGGAAAUGUCUCCUGGUGUUUCGCAUUAGCUGAAGCUGUUUUAUAUUCAAGAAUGACUUUAUGCCAAAGCAUAUCCCAACAUGAAUGUAGCUUGCAAAGUAUAAAUGAUUCACUGUGCAGCUUUCUUGUAGUUUGUAGAUGUGCUGUACUAAGAUUAGCGGUCCAUGAGUUUUGGGUUUGGUUAUUGCUGUUUUUUCCUUUGUGUUUAUUGGAUCAGAAUAUAGUGAAUGUUUACUGUGUGCGCAUUAGCAAAUUUUGUAGUCAAGUAGCAGGGCUUGCACAUGUGUAUGCUACAUAUAAUACCCAGUAUGAGUUUGAAAUUUGACAAUUGGCUAUUUUACAAUCAGUAGUUGUGUAUAAGCAGUACUGCUCAGGAGAGUUUGCAUGGAUUUCCACUUUUGCAAAAAGCCUUAUUUCUUGAGUAAUUCAACAACAGCUUAAUGUACAUUAUUUCCAACUUUUCUAGGUAUUGAGAAAUUCUACGUUCUGUAUUUUGUAGUCCUGUUUCGUCUUGAAAGUGGUUUCUGUUUUUGUUUUACAUGGCAGCAGGUUUUAGUGUGUAGUCUUUCAGUUUGGAACAUCCAGUGCUUGGUACUGAGCAGGUGUAGCUUUGUACUUGACUGUGUGAAAUCAUUAAAUGUCGAUACAUUUUAUAAACAUGA